UUUAAAUUACAUCUUGUAUUUAAAGCAAACGUAAAUAUUUCUAUAUCUAUUGAUUAAUUGACUUUACCAGCUUUAAUAAUUAUGUUGAAUAUAAUUCCUAAAUUCAGCCUUAACUUAUAGAGGGCAUAUCAAAAUUCUUGCACGAUCGGUAAAUCAAAACAUAGGAUACAAAAUCUCAUAAAAUGAAGGAUAGUUAGAAUUUUCUAACUUGAUACAAGUUUAACCUCCAUAAAUGUCAAAUAUGAAAAUAUGAAAAAUUGUUUAGCUUUAAUUGUUGUAUAUAAAUUUGUGAAAUUCAAAAAUUUUUAAAACAUGAUAAAUAUUGCUAUGUAAUAAAUAAAAAUGAGUGAAACAUCUGAACUACAGAAUAAAGAUAUUGGUCCUGGAGUAAUAACAGAACAAGAACGUGAAUUGGCUCAAAAUGCAUUAUCUGAAUUUCAAAAAGGCUCAUAUGCUAAUUGUUUAUCAUAUUUAAAUAAACUAGAAACUCUUAGGCCUAAAGAUUUAAAAGUAAUGCAUAAUAAAGUUGUAGUAGAAUGUUAUAAAAAUGAUUUAAAAAAAACAGAAUUAUUAAGAAAAAGCUUAAAUGCAAUAUGUGGACAAAUGUCUACAAUUGAUUCAACUGAAACUAUAGAUGAUAUUGAAAAAUGUGUUAUGAGGUAUAAUCAAGCAGUUUUAUUAUAUCAUUCAAAACAAUAUAACGCUGCACUUCAAAUUAUGAAUAGAUUAUUUGCUUUCAUAGAACCUAUGGAAGAAUCAUUAGCACAUAAAGUAUGCCUUCUUUUGAUAGAAUUACAUAUAAUAACAGAACAACCAGAUGCAGCAUUAUCUUUAAUUAAUUAUAUAGAAAGUCAACUUAUAUCUACAGAUAAUUCUAAAAUCUCAUCAGUUGACAAAGAGGGUAUAAUUAAAUCUAUAAAGGAACAAAAGGAGCCAAAAAAAGAAGUUGAUACAGCUACAGAUGCAUUCAAAUUAAAAUUAUUAAAAUGCAAAGCUAGAAUAUACCUUAUGAUGCAUCAAUUGAAAUUGUGUAAAAGGGAGUGGAAAACAUUAGUUUCUUUGGGUACACCUGUAAAUAUAUCAACUGUAUUUUUAAAAGCUAAUCUUGAAUAUUUAAGAGGAAAUUACAAGAAAGCUAUUAAAUUAUUAAAUUCUAUAACAUCAGAAAAUUUAGAUUUUAAAACUACUGGAGAAUCUUCUGCUGUGUUAUAUUACAAUAAUAUGGCAUGUUUACAUCUUGCUAUGGGUAAACCAAAUUUGGCAUGUUUUUAUUUAAGAAAAGCUUUACAUGAAAAUAAAUGUGCUCUAGAAAGUGUACAAAUGAAAGAUAGUGAUCCUAUAUCUUUGCAACCAUUGUGUACUCUUGGUGGGAAUAAACAUUAUGAAUUAAUGUAUAGUUUAGGUGUGUCUUUAUUGCAUGCAGGACAAGCAUCAGUAGCUUUUGAUUGUUUUAUGGAUGCUUCACAAAAGCUUCAUAAUAAUCCUAAAUUAUGGUUAAGAAUUGCUGAAUGUUGUAUUUAUUGUCAUAAACCGACAAAUGAAGUCGAUUUUAAUAUUCCAAAACGAAGAAAGGAUUUAGUACAAAAAGUUGUUGGUUCAGGAAUUAAUAGAAAAAUUAUUUUAGCUUCCUCUCUUUCCAAAGAUAUAAAAUAUCAUCCUGAAGGUUUUCCUUCUGCUAUACCACAAUUAACAUUGGAAUUUGCAUCUUUGUGUUUAAAGAAUGCAUUAUUUUUAUUACCAAGUAAUAAUGAACUUAAUGUACCAAUUACAAUUGCUCACAAUCCACAAACAGUAUCUUUAUCAUUAACAGCUGGUCAUAAUUUAGGCACUCAACAUACUACUUUAAUGUCUCAAACUAUAGCUAUUGAGGCAUUAAAUUUAAAAAUUAGCGUUUUGGCUGCAAGUGCUUAUGUAUGUUUAUGUCUUGGUGAUUAUGUUAUUGCGCUUGAACAUGCUAAAGCAUUAUUACAUAUUAAUAAAUUACCUGGAGCAUAUAGAAUGUUGGGAAAUCUUUAUGCAGCAGAAAGUUUGAUAUUAAUGGAUAAAAUUAGUGAAGCUAUUGAAUAUCUUAAACCAGAAAAUAUUCAAGACUUAAAUACUUCUGUACUUAUUCCUGAAAUUCAAGAUAAAGACAAAGAAAAAUCUGAUGAGGUUAUUUCAAAACCUAUAAAAAUGUGGUAUCCAACAACAGUCCCUACUGGUAUUGCUGUACUCCGUUACAAUUUAGCUGUAGCUUAUGCUAUUCGUGGUGAACUUGAUAAAUCUGGAGAAACUUUAAAACAGGUUUGGAUGUCAAAAGGUCCUGAUUGUGAUGUUCCUAUACAUGUAAUAAUGUUAGCCUUAUAUAUAGAAUUACAAUUAGGUCAUGUAGAUAUUUCAAGGUCAAUAAUAAAACAACAUUGUCCACAAUAUCGUUGAUGGUAAAUUUUAUAAUUGUACAAAUUUUCUUUCUAUACAUGUAAAUAAAUGUAUACCAUAUAA